AUGUCGAAUCGCUACGGAGCGCCGCCGAGCCGCGGCGCCAACGGCUACGGCAACUUUGGCAGAUCGGAAGAAGAAUACGACUCGUAUACCGGCGACCCCCGAAACAACGGCCGAAGCGAGCGGUACGGCUUGCCCUCGCAAGGUCCCCCUCCACCGCGCGGCGACCGUGGCGGCAGCAACAGCGGAGGUGGCCCCCCGCCCGUGGUGCGCAGUAUGCCCUCGCGCCCUCGGAUGACGCAGUCGACGGCAGACAGGCAGAUUACCCAAGUGUUGGAGCACAUCCGCAUCGAGUGGCCAUCACUAUGUACCGAGGACUGCGUCCCGGUGCAGCUGGCGCUACAGCUGCUUGACGCGAGCUCCGUGGGCCGCGCGCACGACUACCGCAAGUUCCAGGACACGCACACAUACCUUCAGGAUGCGCUCAAAAACACGGUGCACGAGCAUCACCAGGGCUUCAAUUCGUCCAUCGGCACCUUUCACAAGAUCCAGAGCAGCAUCCAGGGCUCGCAGCGGCGUGUGCGCGCGCUCAAGGAGUCGCUGGCUAGCGCCACGUCCAGCCUCUGUUCCACCGACCCCGAGCUCAAGAAGCUGUCCGAGUCGUCCGAGGCGUAUGACGAUUUGUUGCAAACGCUUAACGAGCUAGAUGACUUGAGGGCGGUGCCAGAUCAGCUUGAGGCGCGCAUCUCGGAGAAGCGGUUUCUGACGGCGGUGGAUGUGCUACAGAAUGCACUGAGAAAGCUGCGACGUCCGGAACUGGAUGAUAUCGGUGCCCUCAAUGAAUUGCGCAGCUAUCUGGUGAACCAGGAAACAGCACUUAUGGAUAUUCUGGUGGAGGAACUGCACGAACAUCUCUACCUCAAGUCACCGUAUUGCCAGGAGCGCUGGCAGAGUCUGUACAGGAGUCAGGGCGCCUUUACGGAUGAAUUUACGGAUACAGACUCGAUCACGCCAUUCCAUACCAUUCUGGAAAGUAUGAACAUUGAGAAAUCAGUGACAGAGGAUCCGAUGAAGAACCCAGAGGCCGACACAUUCUCCUACAUUGCUUUGCUGGUCGAGGCUCUUAACAAGCUGGGCCGACUACAAAACGCCGUCGAGACUCUGAAGCAGCGAAUGCCCGUCGAGCUUUUUGCCAUUGCCAAUGAGACAAACAACGAAGUUGACCAGCGCCAUCCCAGUUCGCUCCGAGGAGGAACGACAAAGUCUGAGGGUCUCAACAUUUACAACUCCCGAGAGACACAAAUGCGUGCCGAGGUGAUCCAUGACCUGCUAUGGAGUCUCUAUGGUAAAUUCGAAGCCAUUGGCGAAGGCCAUCGCGUGUUCCACGAGUCGAUCAAGGCCUUAAUCCGACGCGAAGGAGCGGGCAACAAUAUUGCUUUGCUGGGCAGCUUCAAGGAGCUCUGGAAUCUAUAUCAGAACGAAAUUCGAUCGCUGUUGCGCAAUUACGUCACAACCGACGCAGACGUGUUCCAGUUUGACUCGCCGACCCCAGGAGGCGCGCUACACGGCAAGAAAGACGUGGCACGGGAACAUUUGUUCAAGUUUGCCGAGAUUGAUGCCAAGUCGGUCGAUAUCAGCACAGAAUACGACGCGUUAGAGGGCAUUGUGCAGGCCACUGUGCCUGGACUGACUGGCAAUGACCGCAAGCAAGGCGCCGAUAAACGGCGAGAUAGGCUGGCCCUGGAUGAAGGAAGCUCACGCCGACACACCAUCGGUGGCCACUCGAGCGAGAGCAAGCCACUAGGCUCUCACAAGCCCUUGGUUGAACCCAGCGUAUUCAACAUGAGUUUGCUUCUGCCGCCAACACUCAUCUUCUUGCAACGUCUGCGUACAAUUGUGCCGCCGGGGUCUGACCUUGCGACGAGUACGCUGACAACAUUCCUGGAUAACUUCUUGGUCAAUGUCUUCCAACCGCAGCUGGACGAGACACUGACCAAGCUUAGCGACAGUAUUCUAGCAGAGAUGGACUCGUUUGCGCAAGAUGCGAACUUGGCCCAAUACUCAAAAAUACCUGUAUUCAAAGGCACCACUGCAUUUUUUCAAAUCGUCACGGCGUUUUGCAGGAUGCUGGGCACAAUCCCGCCUGACCAGGCUCUGAGCUCGCUGCUGGUGACACAGAUGAUGCGAUACUAUGAGCGGUGCUUCGACUGGUACAAGCUGCUCGUGACCAAGACGCAGGAGCAAACAAAGGACGCGAACAACCUGCGUGCGGCGGCACGGUUCGCGGUGCAACCCGGCGAGAUUCACGAGGUCAUGAAGAAGAUGUGGCUGUCAGACGAAGAGGACAAGUCGCUAGGUGAAAAGGAGAUUCAUCUGCUAAUUGAGCACACCAACGAGUCGAGGCUGGAGCCGAACGACAUUAUUCAAGACAGAGAAACGAUUACGUCGCUAUGCCUGCUGUACACGAGCAUGAAGUGGCUGGCGACGAGGAUUACGGGUCUACGACACAUUACCGCGCAUGAGACGGACUCGUCGCGGCAAACAAUGGCGCGACAAGGAAACAGGCGCUGGACGUUGAUGAACGACCCCAACAAGGCGGCGAACGAGGCCGGCCCAGUUGUGCUACCACUGACGGUGGAAACUGUACAGACGUUUGACAACAUCGUGUCGUCGUACGAAGAGCUCGCGGGGACGGCGCUGCUGACGCUGCACAUGGAAGUGCGGUGCCGCAUUGUGCACUCGCUGCGCAACGCGCUGUCGCCCGACGUGGCGCCGUACCUGCUGGAGCAAGAGGUGCGGGAGCCGGACCCGCAGAUCCUGAGCCUGAACCUGGAGCUGGUGCUCUUUGACGAGACGAUUGCGCGGUACCUGCGAGCCAGGGAGGUGUCGUUUAUCCGGACGGGGCUGGGCCUGCUGACGAGCUCGUACCUGGUGGGCAACGCGGGGAUGGUGGCGCCCAUCAACGCCAAGGGCAGCGGGCGGAUGCAGCUCAACAUCCUGGUGCUGCAGCAGAACCUCAAGAACGUGGAGCAGGGCGUGGACCUGGCGCGGGCGGCCAACUACUACGCGCUGCUGGACCGCGGGGCGGACGCGGUGAUUGCCAAGGCCGAGGCGGACCGCGACAAAAAGAUGGGCGAGGAGGCGGGCGCGACGCAGGCGAGCAACACGUUUACGUACGAGGAGCUGCGGGUGCUGCUGGAGCUGUGCAUGAGCGAGCAGGUGGCGAGCCCGGACAGGGGCCUGGCGGCGGCGGCAAAGAGGCAGCUGGCGGAUAAGCUGCAGGAGUUUAGCGAGAAGGCGUGA